AUGUCGUUUUUACAUUUUUCUAUUCUACUCCUUUUCUAUUUUACUCUUUCUUUCUCUUUCUCACCCAAUAUUUCUGCCUCCCCUUUUCUUUUUCACUUUAUAUCUUCUUUCUGUCUUUCUCUUUCUCUCAUAUUUUUUUUAUUUCUCGCCCAAUCUCUUUCUCCUUUUCCUUUCGUUCAUUCAGUUACUUUAGUUUUCCCUUAUAGUUUUCUCUCUCUUCCUCCCUCCCUCUUUCUCAUAUCUUUCUCUCUCUCUCUCUUCUUUGUGUAUAUAGGCAGCCAAUAUUCUGUCUUCUUGUCCAUACAUUACGAAAGAGCCAGAUAUAUUUGUGCAACAUCAAUUAAUAUCUAUCUAUCUAUCUAUCUAUCUAUCUAUCUAUCUAUCUAUCUAUCUAUCUAUAAUUUGAGAACUGUUAUUAAAUCUCAAGCACAGAUAUAUGACAAAUCAACAACUUCCUGA